AUGGGAAUUAAAGGUUUAAUCCCUUUAUUAAAACCAAUCCAAAAGGAUAUUCACAUCAAGGAGUAUGCUGGACAAACAGUAGCCGUGGACGGCCAUUGCUGGUUGCACCGUGGUUCGUUUGGUUGCGCUUCUCUACUUGCACGAGGCGUGCCUACUAAGGCCUACGUGACUUACUUUAUGCACAUGGUAAACAUGUUGCUUUUUAAUAGGGUGACUCCCAUAAUAGUCUUUGACGGUCAACGAUUGCCUAUCAAAAGCGUUACCAACGAGGCUCGUUCCAAGCUCCGUAAAGAAAAACGCGAACUAGGCCUGUCAUUGUUUGACAAAAAGCGCGUGGGUGAAGCGGAAAAAUGCUUCCAGCAAGCUAUCAGCAUCACUCCGGCUAUGGUAGCCAACGUGAUCGAGGAACUCGACAAGCUGAAUGUUCAGCACAUUGUUUCGCCUUACGAGGCUGAUCCUCAACUUACCUUCUUGGUGAAGUCCGGGCUUGCAAGUGCUGUUAUCACCGAGGACUCUGAUUUGUUGGCGUUCGGUGCUUCGCGCGUAAUUGUGAAGAUGGACCGCUUUGGACAGGGCACACAAGUAGUCCAUACCGAUAUGUUCAGCAAUGCGUUGUGCAUGCGACAUUUCACUCCGGAGACUUUCCGAUACGUAUGUAUUCUUUCCGGUUGCGACUACCUUUCUUCUUUGCCAGGAAUCGGGUUAAAGAAGGCACAAGAUAUCGUAAGACGAGGCCAAAAUACUCCACGUAUUUUUUUGGCUUUGUUACGAACUCAUGCGAUGGAUGAGGUGGAGGAGUACAAGGAAGAAUACCUGAAGGCUGAUGCGGCAUUCUUAUACCAGUUCGUGUUCGAUCCUGCCUCCCGCACUUACAAGCGCUUGAAUCCUCUUCCAAAGGAUAUUAAGGUCGAUCAUUUGGUUGGUUUGGGCGAGUCGCCUCAAAAUCGUUCUGUCGAUAUCCUGAAAUCGAACGGAGCCAUUCAUCUGGACACGGCAGAUUAUACCAAGGAGAACGAUGAUGUAAGUAGAACAGUUUAA